UGGUACCCUACUGUUUGUUCUGUAGAGCGGGAAGCCUCCCAUCAGUGACAUGUUCACAGACCUCAAAGAUGGCCGGAAACUGCUGGAUCUCCUGGAAGGCCUCACAGGGACAUCGCUGCCGAAGGAACGUGGUUCCACAAGGGUACACGCUUUAAACAAUGUCAACAGAGUGCUGCAGGUUUUGCAUCAGAACAACGUGGAUUUGGUGAAUAUCGGAGGGACUGACAUUGUAGAUGGAAAUCACAAGCUGACUCUGGGGUUGCUUUGGAGCAUCAUCUUGCACUGGCAGGUGAAGGAUGUCAUGAAGGACGUCAUGUCCGACUUGCAGCAGACGAACAGCGAGAAGAUCCUGCUGAGCUGGGUGCGCCAGUCCACCAGGCCAUACGGGCAGGUCAACGUGCUCAACUUCACCACCAGCUGGACAGACGGGCUCGCCUUUAAUGCCCUGCUCCACCGAUAAACCUGAUCUCUUCAGCUGGGAUAGAGUUGUCAGGAUGUCCCCAACUGAGAGGCUGGAACACGCCUUUAGCAAGGCUCAGACGUACUUGGGAAUUGAGAAGCUCUUAGAUCCUGAAGAUGUUGCCGUUCAGCUUCCUGACAAGAAAUCCAUAAUUAUGUAUUUAACGUCUCUGUUUGAGGUGCUGCCUCAGCAAGUCACUCUAGACGCUGUCCGCGAGGUAGA